AUGUCUAUCGAGGUUGCUAUGAAUACGCCGCUGGCGGAUGCGCUUAACAUGGCGAUCCAGCCGAAGCUGGUAGAAGUAGGCUGGGCAUCAGGUGGCGCCGACGACAGCGCGCUGUCAGAAUAUAUCAUUUUGAUGCUCGUGAACGGCAAAACUCAGGAUCAAAUUGCUGCCGAACUAGCUGGCGAUCUUCUUAGCCUUGGCCCUGACGACCCUGGCGCACGAGACUUCGCGAAGUGGCUCUUUGAUCAGAUCGAGUCUUUGAACUCUCAACUGAACGGAGCUCCGCCCCAAUUAGGAAACAAUGGUGUUGGAGUGCCCCAAAACGCGCCGUCUUCCACAGAACAGGAUGCAGAUAUGACUAUGUCCCUUGAUGGUCCCGAGCUGAACGCUCCCACAGGUCCUAGAUCUAUGAGAAAUCCUAAUAUGCGAGGCAACCGAGAAAAGCGGAUGCUUGGACAGAUGAGCAAGGCUAUGGAUCGUAGCCACGACAAUGUGUUACACCGCGUACGAGGAAAUGGCAAUGAAAGGAUCAAUGCCCACCGAGCGCCUCCUACUGGGCCGAGGGGCGGUUUCGGACGCACCAACAAUCGUGCAGCGAACAACCGUGCGGCUGGGUUUGCUGCUCAUCUAGGUCAAGCUGGUGGAGCCUUGCCGAAUAUGCACGACCCUAAUGGAAUGCCUAAUCUGAACAAUGAUAUGAAUUGGAUGAUGCCUGGCGGUGGUACUCCGGAGCAAUUGUUCCAGCUCCUCCAACAGCAGAACCAUAUGAUGGGGCAGAUGUAUCAGCAACUCACCCAACAGAGCCAGCCGAACGGAAGGCCUAACGGAAGGUCGCUUUUCGACCGGGUACAAAAUCCGCGAGGUGGUAGGCGAGGAGGCCAUGCCAACGGCCACAAAUUCCACCAGGGAGAUGGGUCUAGUGUCAACGAGACCGGCGCCGACAAUGAAGACGUUGAUAUGACGCAGGCCAGACGUGAACUGUCUAACCCCGAAACGAUGGUUUGCAAGUUCAACUUGUCAUGUACUAACAGGGAUUGCAAGUUUGCUCAUCAGUCUCCGGCGGCACCGCCGAAUACCACGGUUGAUAUUAACGAUGUCUGUUCAUACGGCGCGGCAUGCAAAAACCGGAAAUGUGUCGGUCGCCAUCCCUCACCGGCAACUAGGCGCGCGCAUCAAAAUGAACAAGAAUGCAAGUUCUUCCCUAAUUGUACCAACCCGAGCUGUCCUUUCAAGCACCCGGAUAUGCCUCCCUGCCGGAACGGAGGCGAUUGCGCCGUGGAGGGAUGCAAGUUCACUCAUCUCCAGACCAUGUGCAAGUACAAGCCAUGUACCAACCGUUUCUGCCCAUACAAGCACGACGAAGGACAAAGGGGAACAUUCCAGGAUAAGGUCUGGACUGCUGAUGGGACAAGGGAGCAUGUGAGCGAGAGGAAGUUUGUGGAUUCGAAUGGCCUCGAGGAGCUUCUUGUGCCCGGUGGAGAGGCUGGUUCGGGUCAAGAAGCAGCAGCAACAACUGAUACCAUCAUGUGA